AUGGGGACACAAGGAGACCCAACGCCGCCAAGAGGGACGCUCCUACGCGUCCUGACGCAUACCCAGAAUGCCAGCGCUCUGGUAUUCGGCGCGUUUAUGGGCAUACAUCUUGCUGCGCCCAUCGCUGCCGGCGUAGGCGGCACACAGGCCGCCGACAACGUCAUGCUUGUUGGGCGUGAAUACUACCACUUCCUCGAGCCAAUCGCCGUAUACCUCCCCCUCGGACUGCAUCUUGCUUCGUCGCUCGUCAAGCGCGUCCUCGUCGUCUCGCGGAGUAAGCGGUUCCACAUGACUACCCACACUGUGCUCGGAUAUGUUCUUAUCCCCCUUGUUAUACCACACCUCAUCCUCCACCGCCUGAUUCCAUCGACCGAGGGACCUCCCAUCAACCAACUGUCCCCAAGCGAGAUGGGCUACGAGUUUGUCGGGUACGCCUGUGCAACGCGUAAAUGGAUGACGGCGGGGUAUGUCGUCCUCACUGGUGUCGCGCUUUGGCAUGGGAUCGUCGGCGGCAUCAAGGUCUUGCAUUGGGCACGGGGACUGUUGCGUCGCUCCGACACUGCGGAUUCGGGAGAGAGAGGAUCAGAGGACAAGUCGGCCGACUCGAGCAAGACGAACGAGAAGAGCGAGGAGAAGAAGAAGAAGAACAAGAGGAGAUUGCGCGUCUCCCAGGCUGAGAGACUGCAGGCUAUUCGCACCCUCGUCACCACCACCACUACUGCCGUGUGCGUCGGUCUCGUGCGGCUCACGGCCGACGCCCAGGGUCUGUCCUCGUUCGUUGCCAGCCGGUACGACGCCGUGUUUGCCGCGGCGCCGUGGGCUGCCGUCGGUUUCCGCUAG